UUGUAUUACUGAUGUGAAACUUGAGCCUCACUGUGACGGAGCGCCUAUAGAUGCAGUCACCUGCGCACACGCACACACAAACACAAGCAUACACACGCAGUUUUUCCACACAUAUUAACCUCUCACCGCAUUUUCAGACGCUGUGUCACGAGGCAGGCGCUCCUUGGGUGGGUUGUGUUGAGGGUGCACACUCAAUGCGCUUUACCGGGAGCCGUUAAGGACCGCGAGUUUCAAACGGAGGCGACACCUGAUCAGCUGUGUUAAGACGCGACCGGCAGCAGUGGGCGGAAAUGACGUCAUCACACAAAUGGGGGGGGGAACAAAUUAUUCAUGUAAAUAUAUUAUUUAUUAUUGUUUGUAGCAUUUUGGGAUGGAGGGAUUUAUUCCUAAAUGGUUUGGAAUUAUUCUAUGUUUUUUUUAAUUUUAUUUUCUUUGUAAAUAGGUGGCAGAAUUUGCCAGAAUGACAAGCAAAGGACUAAUCAGAGGAAUAUGCAGAAUCCAGCCUAAUGGGAGGGGCUUAGCGUAUAUAAGAGGGAGAGGUUAGUUGCCGCGGGCGGGCAAUGAGGGAAGACAUGGAUGUGCUCCUCUCCUGUGUAACUAUGUAAAAUUUCACUGAGGAUUAUUGCACUUGGGGGAAUUGUGGAGAAAAAUAAACCAGUUGCAAUUGGAACACGACUGCCUGGAUCUGUGAAACACCCAUCCUCAUCACAAGUGGUGUCAGAAGUGGGAUGGCAAGUCGUGGCAAGAAGGCAGCUCGCCAUCCCAGGCGUAGUGGAUUACGCUCACAGCCCCAAAGAAAACCAGACCGGGCCACAGGUGCGGAAGCCGAGUGGGACACAGAAAUGACCUCGGAAGAGGAAGAAGAGAAGCCCAACCCCGGCCUGGGACCAUCAGGAGGAACAACUGACCUGGUUACCAUGAUGAAAACCUUCCUGGAGUCCCAGCAGCAGAGAGAACAAGGUCUCAUACAGGAGUUACAAAAUCUUAGGGUGGCCCUCCAACCUUCAGCCCCAGCAGUAACCACACCAAGCAUGCAUUCAGCCAGCAGCCCAAGAUUGGUGCUUCCAACACCCUCUGCUGGUCGUAGUGCUGGUACCCCCUCCAGAUCCUCAUCUGAAGCUGAAACUGGGACUGACCGGCAGAGACCUGAGCCCAGGCCCAGGUACUACAUGCAGCCAAAGAUUCCUCCCUACCAGGAGGGAGAGGAUAUUGAAAACUAUUUAUUACGUUUUGAGCGGAUGGCCAAGACUUGGAAAUGGCCAGAGACAGAAUGGGCAUGCAGGCUGGUUCCUCUUCUCUCAGGAAAAGCCCUAGAUGCAUACACAGCCAUGGAUGAGGACAAAGCUGAUUCCUACAAAGACCUGAAAGAAGCUUUGCUAACAAAGUUUGACAUCUCUCCUGAGACAUAUCGACAGAAGUUCCGCUGUGCAUCUGCACCUCGGGGAGAAACACCUCUGGAGACCUAUCAUCGGCUGAAGGGACUCUACCGGCGUUGGAUUCAACCGGAGCGGCGGACCAAGGAGCAGGUUGGGGAAUCCAUCAUCCUGGAACAACUUCUCUACGUGCUUCCGCCGGAAGUGAGAGCCUGGGUCAAGGAGCAUGAACCGGGGGAUGGAUCAGAGGCAGCAAAAUUGGCUCUUCAGUACCUCAAUGCUCGGAGAGGAGGACCUUCUACACGAUCCACCAUGGCAACUCGACCCAUCAACGUAGCCCAACCCACCACAGACGUACGUCCCCCAGUGUUUCCGACACCGCAGCUUGGGACAGAGCGAGAAGCAGCGGUGAGACACCGUCCAGGUAUUUCCAGCUCAGUGACUGCUCCGCCUGGAACUGGUAAACCACUGAUUUGCUAUUAUUGUCAGCAAGCCGGACACAAGGCUUCAGUUUGUCCACUGAAAAAAGCAAAGGUCACAGGGGCUUGCUAUGUACCCAGAAAUGAAGUGGAACCAUCAGCAAAUGACAAUGUCAGGAAAAGAACUUAUAAAACAGUGACUGUGAAUGGUGUAUCAGUAUUGGCUUUAAUUGACAGCGGUAGCUUUACCUCACUGAUUAGCAAACGCUUGGUACCCAUUGGUAGUCUGGACUAUGGUCAUCUUACAAAUGUGGUGUGUGUUCAUGGGGACAAUCAUGCUUAUCCUCAAACUGAAAUAACUGUGGACAUUGAUAAACAGCCCUAUCUUCUGACUGUUGGGGUGGUUGAUAACCUGCCUGUAGACCUGCUUUUGGGUAGAGACAUACCAGUGUUGGUACAGUUACUACAAGGGGAAAGUUCAGGGGAUGCUAAUCAGGGUCAUCACCAGAACAGUGUAUCAUGCCCAGUAAUUACCAGAGCCCAGGCAAAAACUGGGGUUCUGCCUCUACCAGACUUGGAUGAAAGUUUAUGCGAAGGGGGUGGAAAAGGGCCAAAAAAGUCUAGACGACAACGGCGCUUUGAAAAGCAACUGGGCAUAACUGAACACAAUGUACAAGGUUUGAAUGCUGAUAAAAUGUGGGAAAUACCUGAAAACUUAGCAGAGUUACAAAAACAGGAUGACACAUUGAAACAUUUGUUUAAAAAAGUGAAGAAUAUUGAUGAUGUAACCAGUAUGGGGAUGGAUUGCUUUAUUAUUGAAAAUGGGAUGUUGUAUAUUUUGAAUGACAACCACAAACGUCUUGUAAUCCCGGUAAACUGUAGACCUAUCAUCAUGCAUUUAGCACACACAGUUCCGUGGGCAGGACAUCUUGGGCGCCACAAAACAUACAUGCGCGUUAGCUCCCGAUUUUAUUGGCCUGGUAUGUACACAGACAUUCAAUCAUACUGUAUGACCUGUCCAAUAUGCCAGAAAACAGCAGCUCCUCGCCGGUUGGAUCGGGCCUGUCUUCAGCCGCUUCCAGUCAUCUCCACACCCUUCCAGAGGAUAGCGAUGGACAUUGUCGGGCCACUGGAGAAAAGCAGCCAGGGACAUCAGUACAUUUUGGUCGUUUGUGAUUAUGCUACUCGAUACCCAGAAGCAUUUCCCCUACGUACAAUCACUUCAUCAGCAAUCAUUCAUGCACUAACUGAACUGUUUUCUAGAGUCGGGAUCCCUGAUGAGAUACUGACUGACCAGGGAACCAACUUCUGUUCACGCUUGAUGCAACAGUUCCACAGACAGCUGGGAAUCAAAUCCCUCAGAACUACCCCAUACCACCCAGAGACUGAUGGACUGGUGGAAAGGUUUAACCAGACUUUAAAGCGGAUGCUGCGAAAAUUUGUGUCCGAGACUGGUAAGGACUGGCAUCGCUGGCUACCUUUUCUACUCUUUGCUUACAGAGAGGUUCCUCAGGCAUCUACUGGGUUCUCACCGUUUGAGCUGCUAUACGGGAGGAAUGUUCAAGGACCUCUGGAUCUCCUCAGUAAAGCAUGGGAAGGAUCGACCAGCAACCAAAAAGAAACUGGUGUGGUGCAGUUCAUCCUAGAGAUGAGGGAGCGUCUAGCAAGAUACCAAGCAGAGGCUGAAAUGAACCUAAAGGAGGCUCAAAGAGCACAGAAGACUUGGUACGACCAACAGGCACGUCACCGGGCCUUUAGACCAGGCCAGAAGGUUCUGUUACUCCUCCCUUCUUCAACCAGCAAGUUACUGUCCAAGUGGCAAGGGCCAUAUACCAUCAGCCAGAAGAUGGGGCCAGUCACUUAUGAAAUUCAUCAUCCAGACAAGAGGAAACAGUACCAGACGUACCAUGUCAACCUACUGAAGGAGUGGAAAGAGCCACACCACAGCCCACCAGAACCAGUUGGUCUGGUAGUGAAAGAAUGUGAGACAGAAGAGGACACAAGUUGGCAUAACUUCACCAAGAUGACGACACCUGAGCUGUCUCAUCUCACCAAGACCCAAGAGACACAGAUACAGCAGGUGUUGCAGGCGGUACCAUCAUUAUUCAGAGGCAAGCCAGGCCGUACCAACCUUACAAAACACGCAAUUCGAUUGAAAGACAACAGACCCAUCCGUCAACGGCCAUACCGUGUCCCGCAACAGUUUGUGCGAAGACUGGGUGAAGAAAUC